UUGCUAAAUUUCCCAAUGGUUUUACUCUACUGUUUAUUAGCUAUCAUUCCAAUCUGGAUUUUGUACAAGAUAGUGGAAGAGAAAUGUUCUCCACUUAGCAAGAUCCCAGUACCGCCAGGAGGAUUUCCUCUUAUUGGACACUUGUUGACUUUCGCAAAGGAGCGUAAUCUUCUCUCGUUACUUCUAACUUGGAGUGAAAAGUAUGGCCCGGUGUUUCGGUACAGUCCUGGCUUCGGAUUUGGUAUAGGCGCGAACAGGGUAUACAUCACAGACCCAAAACUGGUCAAACAGGUUUUGCUGACGAAUUUCCACAAAUACCAGAAGCCUGACUUUGUCCGCGAGGUAGUGCCAAAUUUGACCAGCGGUCUCUUUACGUCUGCUGGCUCGGCGCAUGCGCGUCAACGUCGAAUGGUAACCCCUGCGUUCAGCCCUGGCAGGCUAGAGCUACUAAUGCCGGUGAUGAAAAAAGAAACAUUGAAAUUGGUCGAGAUCUGGAACCUAAAGCUAAAUAACGAGAUCACAUAUGUUAAAAACAACGUGUACGAGGACGUUAAGCACUUGUCCCUGGACAUCAUAGGGCGUGUGGCGUUCGGGUUUAACUUUAACACGGUGUCAAGAGGCGAUAGCGAGGUGUCACGUGCGUUCAAGGAGUUGAUGCAAGGGAUGAGCUAUGGCGCCAUCAUAAGAAGACGUCUGAUUCCUUUCUAUAAAUAUCUACCUUUCCCUGAUAGUAUACGCAUGAGGAAUGCUACUCGAAUAACAAAUGAUACGGUGAUGAAGGUGAUCAAAGAGCGUCGCCAAUCUCAAUCGAAUCGUAAUAACAAGGAUCUCCUCGACUUCCUGCUCGACAUGUAUGAUGAGGAGACGCGUUCCCACAUGGAUGACGAGGAACUCAGGUGCCAAGUGCUGACCUUUGCCUUGGCGGGCCACGAGACGGUCACAGCGACCGUGUGCUGGGCAUUGUAUGAAUUGUGCAGGCACAGGGACGUACAAGAGAAGGCUGCUCAGGAAGCAAUGAAAGUCCUUGAAAGUCAAUCAUCGGUAACCUGGCAACAUGUCCACAGCCUCCAAUACCUUGGUCAGGUGAUCAAAGAGACGCUCCGCCUACAUCCUCCAGCAUUCCUCACGCAUCGUGCAACAGUCAAGGAAGACAAUCUUGCAGGGUACACCAUCCCCAAAGGCACCUUUGUCGCUAUCGGCAUCGACUCAAUUCACAAGUCUGACAAGUACUGGACCGACCCACUCAUAUUUGAUCCGCAGCGAUUCACUGAAAAUGAUGACGGAAGUGCUCCCUACAAGCCUUUCACAUACCUUCCGUUCUCUGGUGGCCCUCGCACAUGCAUCGGCUACAAGUUCGCUAUGAUGGAGCUAAAGAUUAUCCUAGCUGAAUUAUUACGUCACUUCCGGUUUUCUGCGCCGCCUGGCUUACAGGCAAAGCCACUUAUCCGCUUGGUAACCAGGCCUGAUCCUCCACUUGAGCUUUUUUUAGAGAAAAGGGUACCCAGACCCAUCUUGCCCCUAGGAAUGGUUUAUGGGAACUCCAAAGAUGUCGUGGCUGUCGAAAAGUCAAGUACGGCAGAAGAACCGGGAGUUUUAUGCAUCGUAAAAGAUGAGACAAACGUUGACUGGCAAAGUAGUAGAAUAACAGUCAAUCUUCCGGCGUCUACCCAAAUCAAAAAACUCUACAAUCAUGUGGCUAAAGAAUUUGGAUACGAGGCGAAAAGCUUUCUACUUGUAUGGCUGGAUGUCAAGAGCGAACCGGGAGCGGGAGAAAUUCAACUCAACGACGAGGAAGAGACGACUUUGGCCCAAUUUGGGUUACAAGUUGGAAAUGCAAGAAAUAAUUUCCUUGUGAAAGAUAAAGAUGGGAUUGCUCCAAUAAAAGUAAAGGAAACAACUGACGAAGUCAUUGAGGGAAGUGUUAGUGCUAUGUUCAAUGAGAAUACUAGCCUUUCAAGUACUGCUAGCUACACAGGGUCUUACUACGCUGGAGAGAAUACCUAUGGAAAAUCUAACACAGGGUUUGUCGGCCUUGUCAAUCAGGCCAUGACCUGCUACCUGAACAGCUUACUCCAGACCCUGUACAUGACGCCGGAGUUCAGAAAUGCCAUUUACAAGUGGGAGGCAACAGGAGAGGAAGAAAAAGACAUCAAAUGCAUUCCUUCUCAGCUGCAGAAACUCUUUCUUAAAUUACAGACGAGUACAAAGAGAGCUGUAGAGACGACUGACCUAACACGGAGCUUUGGCUGGGACAGCAGUGAAGCCUGGCAGCAGCAUGAUGUGCAAGAACUGUGCCGUGUGAUGUUUGAUGCCCUGGAAGGCAAGUUCAAAGGCACAGAGCAAGAGGACCUUAUCAAUAAGCUCUACCAGGGGAAGCUCAAGGAUUAUGUCAAAUGUCUAGAAUGUGGUCAUGAGAGUGCUAGAACUGAUUCUUACCUUGAUGUACCACUUACUAUCAGACCAUUUGGUGAAAACAAGGCCUUUGGAAGCGUGAUGGAAUCUUUAGAAGCAUUUGCAGCCCCUGAAACUCUUGAUGGAUCAAAUCAGUACUUUUGUGAAAAAUGCAACAAGAAAUGUGAUGCCCAUAAGGGACUGAAGUUUCUUACAUUUCCCUAUCUGUUGACGAUUCAAUUGAAAAGAUUUGCAUUUGACUAUGUAACACUUCACAGGAUCAAGCUUAACGACAGGAUGACUUUCGCAAAAUUUUUAGAUCUCAAUAAAUUUGCAUCAGCUGAUAGAGAAAUGAAUUCAGAUGCUGAUGAAUUGGAUUCAAAGGGGGACUCCCCCUGCGGCACUGAAACAGACAGUGGCGUCAGCGAAGGCUACUCCGAUGGGGUGUCAAUUGAUGAUGAUGACGUUGGCAGUAAUAUUGACAACGAGCAGCCCUCUGUCAGGGCAUCUAAUGAUGCAGCUCAGCAUCUGCCCAAUGCCAAAGAAUGUUUCAAUGCGAGCAGCGAAGAGAGUGAAAAGAAUACUAUAAAGGGUGGCCCUUGCCAUACAGAAGAUGAUCAUAGCUUAGAUGAUGAUGACGCUGGAUUGCCAAGCACUUCCACAGAAAAUGGGGAACCACCAGAGUCCAACAAGGAAGAGGCCAACUACACAAAUUUUGCUGAAGCAAAGGGCCCUUAUGUCUACGAGCUAUUCUCUAUCAUGAUUCACUCAGGAAGUGCGAGCGGUGGUCAUUACUACGCCUACAUUAAGUCAUUUGCUGAUAAUCAGUGGUAUUGCUUUAAUGAUCAGAAUGUCACUCAGGUUGGUGAUGAUGAGAUUGAGCGAACAUUUGGAGGAUCCGAGUAUGGCCCAAGGGGUUAUUAUUCCUCAUUAUACUCAAGUUCAACAAAUGCGUACAUGUUGAUGUACCGGCAAGUGUUGCCAAGCAGAAACAGCAAGUUUCUUAGCAUGUCUGAGGUACCAUCACACAUUAAACGCCACAUGAAGAGAAUGCAGGAGCAGGAAGAGGCUGAAAGAAGACGUCGGGAGGAAGACAGGUGCACUUGUAAGAUCAAGGUGUUCUUCUAUAACCCUGUUCUAAGAAAAGUCUUGGAAAGAAAACUUGAAGUUCACAUGGACAAGACUUUGACAGAGGCUACAGAUAUGGCCAGGGAGUUAUUUGGUGUAGAGCUGGUGUACCCGGCGAACCAAUGUCGUCUAGUCAAGUAUGAUGAGUAUUAUGAUUCAAUUGAGAAAUCCUACGAUGGGGAUGAGAAUACCUCCAUGGGUGAAUUACUUGGAGGCGUCAAGUCUUCUUAUAUGUUUGAGCUCCUCCUCGAAACGAGACAGCCAAACGAAUCUUUCCUCCCAUAUAAGCCUGGAGGCACAACCAUAAAAGUUCAUAAGGUGGACCUUGUAACAGGACAGGUGUCGCCUGCUCUCACGGUCAGGGGAUGCCCUGAUGAGACCAUCAAUGACAUCAAACGGAUUCUUCAUGAGAAACUUCAUCAACCUGCAGAGCAUAUGAGGCUUGUCACUGAAGUUGGUCAACGCGAGUUGAAGCUUCUAGAAAUGCCAGAUAAAGCACUGAAAGACCUUGGGUUCUUUAAAGCAGCUAAGAUGUUUGUAGAAUGCUCCGGAUCUGAAGACAAGCAGCUGCCAUUCACAGAGUCUCAAUUAUACAAAGUGCUUGACUCCUAUCAACACACAAUCAGACUUCUGGUCACCCUGCCUAACCCGACCAGCAAGCCAACAGAUACUCAGACAUCAAGGUACAUAUUUGAAGAACCGAAGGAAUCACCUACUUCUAAACAUAAAGAGGUAGAAUUGUUGAUAGACAAGCGUGAGACGCUGGCCGGUCUUAAGAAGAAGCUUGAGCCACUUGUCGAAUGCCCCUCUGAACUCUUCAGGAUCUACAGGGUGUAUUGCAAUAACCAGGAAAUCGAGAACACCAGACUCCAGGAUACCCUUUCAGCAUUUAUGGAUGACACUAAGGUUCUAGUGAAAUAUGGGCGAGCCUUGAGGAAAGGGGAAUGCCAGAUAAAAGUGUUUAUGUUAAGUUGCGAGGACCCUGAGGAGCCAUUUAGAUACGUGUUUGAUUGGAUUGUGCACAAAGGGAUGAGUGUCCGUGAAUGCAAGGAGCUACUGCAUCCGGAAUUACAGCAGAGAUAUGGCUUUAACUGCCCUGUUGAUCAUUUGCGUCUGCGCAAGAAAACGUGGAAAAACCCUAGCACUAUCUUCCUUGACACCCAGGUGUUUGACGAAGACAUUGCUAUCUAUGCAAACUUUGAAGUGUUUGUCGAGAAGCUACCGGGUCCUGAGCCUAUGUCGACAACACUGCAGAGAUCUGUGUACGUCUGUCACUGGCAACCAUCCAUUCUCAAGCUUGGUCCACUACAUGAGCUAGUGUUGAGUGACAGCUCAGUAAGCGAGCUCAAGACGGAGAUUUGUAAACUCAGCAACAUUCCUGUGGACUGUAUAGACUUUGCAAAGGGCCGUGGACCCUAUCCUUGCUGCAUUCCAGUCCUAGAAGUCCAAGAAGGCUUGGAAUGGAACCCGGAUGUAGAAAGUCUAGGAAAUACACCGCUGUACAUAUGUGAUGAUGGAGCAGUCAUUUUUUACCGAGAUAAGACUGAGUCAGUUAUGGAAUUAUCUGAAGAAAAGAAAAAAGAAUUAUCAAAGAAAGACUCAACAAAAUCCAGCACAACACCAAUGAAACCUAGUUACUCAUACAAGGAAAGGGCACUCAAGAUAUACACGGAUGGAACAAAACCCAAGUCAUUAUGACAACAUUAUCUCUCAAAAUAUAAGCAAAUGGAAGAAAAUCCGAGCCGAAUGACAACACUUCCUCUCAAAAUAUACAUGGAUGGAACAAAACCACUAAAGGCUGGAGAAACUAUUUUCUAUCAAAUACGUCCCAGUAUUAUUUAUUCACCUCUGUGAAGGCAGCUUUACCCGUGAAUAUUUGAUGAUAGUAUUUUGUGUACAUGCACUCAAUGUGGCCAAACCUCUAUAUCUGACUCUAUGCAAUAGGUAUUUGGUUUAGGCCCAAUUUACUUCACCAGGGUCCCACAAAUCAGUAAGUAAAUACUCUAACGAUUUAGAAUAUCACAGGUUCCGCAUGCAUCCCUUUAGGCUCUUUAAGCCAUUAACCUUUUUUUUUAGUUUGAAUUUGGUUCCCAAUAUACAACACGAGCUAUGACACAUGAAUUCUUUGGUGCAAUGAUAGGAACUAUCCUUUUCGUUUCAGUAUCAGGAACUCAAAGAUUUCUUGGUUUAAUUUUUUUCGCCUCCUGUCCCACUUUAUAACGUUUUGCUCAAUACAAGUGAUUAUCUAGCAUUUUAGUGUAUUAUACUAUUUUUAUAGCAUUUGUACAUUAUCUUUAUUUGCAUUUCAUAUUAGGGAAACUGCCAAUUUGCUGUAAAAUAUUCUUAAAAUAGGACGUAAUGAUUUGAACGUCAAUAAAAUAUUGUGCUAUCA